AUGAGUGCCAACAACGGAGAUCUCGAGAAGGACUUCUCUAACAGGAACGGACCCAAUGGUUACGGGUACGGCGGCACAGGUGGCCACCAGCACCUGGAUAACGGUAUCGACGAGGAUUUGGCUUUGAAGCACAUCCGCACCGCCGGUAGCAUCUCCAUCUCUCCCGAGCUCUUCGAGAAGCUUUACCUUUCGCCAAAGAAUGAGGUCAAGGGUGACCUUCGUAAGACAUUCGGUAACCCUACUCCCCUUGCUCUCAUUGGGUUCUUGUUGUCUCUUACACCCCUGAGUUGGACCCUGAUGGGAUGGCGCGGAGCUGGCGGCAGUGGCUCAGCAAGCAUCGGAUGGUACUACUUCGCUGGUGGUCUCUUGAUGGUUCUUGGUGGACUUGGUGAAUGGAUCCUCGGCAACACCUUUCCCUUCGUUGUCUUUACAUCGUUCGGUGCUUUCUGGCUCGGAUACGCUGCCACGCUUCAGCCUUCGUACGGGGCUUUCAGCAACUAUGCUGAUCCCAAUACUGCGGGCAGUACUGGGCUGGAGUCUGUUGGCUUCAACGUCGGAAUCGCAUAUUUCAUGAUCUGCAUGGGCAUACUCUGCCUUGUGUACCUCGUCUGCGCGCUACGAACCAACUUGGUCUUCUUCCUUAUCUUCUUCACCCUCGUCCCAUCCUUCGGCCUCCUCGCCGGUACUUUCCUCCAUGUCGCCCAGGGCAAUGCGGCGAUUGCGGCCAAAUGCCAAGAGGCCGCUGGCGCAUUCGCCUUCGUCACAUGCUUGCUUGGAUGGUACAUCUUCUUCGCCAUCAUGCUUGCCAGCGUCGACUUCCCCUUUUCCCUGCCGAUUGUCGAUCUCUCCGGCAUGAUCAAGGGCGCGAGCGAGAAGCAGAAGGUAGACCACGUCGAGUGA